GAGGAAGUUAGUGUCAGUCUCCACUGCUGCAGACAAACUGUGAACAACACAAACUGCAGGAGCAACAGUAUUCUCUGUGGACACAUUCCGAGGAUUCUCGUCGCUCCUUCUUCUCCUCCACCUGUCCGACAGGUGUGACUGGCUGUCUCUGUUGACGCACGCGCAGACACGCGGCUCUCACAGGGGCCGUUCAUGAUCAUCUAUGGGUGAGUGUCUGCGGAGAGCGUGUCCAUGUCUGGAAACUCUGUGGGACAGGAUUUUUAGUGAAAAGAAGACUGGAGGGAGUGGAGGAGUGGGAGGGGGUGGAGGAGUGGGAGGGGGUGAGGGUAAUGGAGGAGGAAUCCGUGUGGAGGUAUCGGCUCCGGUCCUGGUUCUUCCGCCGGUGCCACAGCAGGAGAGGUCGCCGGAGAGCGGCUCCAUCUACACGGCUCUGUGGCCGUUUGAAGCCCGGCACAGCGAGGAGCUGUCGUUCCAGGAGGGGGAUUUGUUCAGCGUGAUAAACCGGACCGGGGACUGGUGGACCGCGCGACGGAUCGACAAGAACGGGCGCGUGCUGGACACCGGGAUCGUGCCUGAGAACUACCUGACCCGAGCCGAGACCCUGCAGAUACAACCAUGGUAUUUCGACACCAUGAACCGCUUUGAGGCACGGAGUCACCUGAUGGCUUCGGAUAACGAAGAGGGAGCGUUCCUGAUCCGAGAAAGUGAAAAGGAAAACGUUGGAUACGUCCUUUCAGUGAGGUCUUGUAAUCGUGUGAGGCAUUUCAAGAUCAUCAAAUCAAACGACAGUAAAUUCAUGGUGGAUAACGGCCACAGCUUCAGCUCUCUGGUGGACCUGGUGGAGUUUUACUGCACACACAACCUGAUCAGCACAUGCAAACUGGGAAACCCCUGCAAGAGGAAAAAGCCUCAGACUCAGGAUUUAAAUCAUUUCACGGUGGAUGACUGGGAGCUCCCUAAAGAGGAGUUCAUUCUGGAGGAGGAGCUCGGCAGCGGAUACUUCUCGGAUGUUUACAGAGGACGCUGGAAAAACGUCAUCCAGGUCGCCAUCAAGAUCCUCAAAAGUGACUCAGAGUUGAACCAUCGGGAGUUUCAGCAUGAAGUCCAGAUCCUGAAGAGUCUACGUCAUCGCCACCUCAUCUCUCUGUUUGCCGUCUGCACGGCCUCAAAGCCGUUCUACAUCAUCACCGAGCUGAUGGAGAAAGGCAGCCUGCUCAACUUCCUGAGAGGUCCAGAGGGUCGGGAUCAAGACAUCGCGUCCCUCAUCGACAUGGGCGCCCAGGUGGCUGAUGGGAUGUCGUACCUGGAGGAGAAGAACAGCAUCCACAGAGACUUAGCGGCUCGAAACGUCCUGGUGGGCGAGGACUACAUCUGUAAGGUGGCUGACUUCGGACUGGCCCGAGUGAUCAAGGAGCCAUUUUACAUCACAGAGGAUAAAAAGAUUCCCUACAAGUGGAGCGCUCCCGAGGCCAUCAGCCACGGAAAGUUCUCCAACAAAUCCGACGUCUGGUCUUUUGGUGUCCUGCUCUUUGAGAUCACCACGUACGGAGGCGUUCCUUAUCCAGCCUACAACAACCAGGAAGUGUACGAGCAGGUGACCCGUGGGUACAGAAUGCCGGCUCCGCCCAAAUGUCCGAACUUCCUCUAUCAGAUCAUGCUGAAGUGUUGGAGCGACGAACCCGAUGACAGGCCGGACUUCAAGACCCUCAAAGUCAAAAUGGACAGCAGCUCGUACGAGUUGGAGUUAAAAACAUAGGACCGUCUGCAGUACACACUCAUGACCACAGGGGGGCGGCAGAGAGCGCGACACUGAACAAUCUUCUUUUAAAACAGAGACUUAAACUGAUUCGACAUGAAGAAAGACUCUGAUUGUGUUUACAACGUCCAAAUCUGCAAAGCCAAAUGUACACUAUCACUACAAUAGUGACGGACCUCAUCGUCUUUACUCUCUUACUGAUCAAACAAAUCACAGAAAACAAAACACAGUAUCUUCUACUUUUCUAUCAGAAUACAGACAGAUGUUUUAUCUGAUAUUUUGCCAUCAGCUCUAAUUACCCCGCCUACAUAUGACCAUGAGGGGGGCACAUCUGUCUGAAGAUGUUCUCCCUGAAGUGCUUGUGGAUGAAUUUGACCAAACAUCUGCUGUUUGUGUAUUUUAAUGUUUAAUAAUGUAUGUUUUUUUGUCUUGUAUUUGUAUGUGUGGCUGCUCGUUGUUUGUGUGAAACUCGACGAGGACACUCUUAAUUUCAACGAGUUUCUUUCCUCGUUAAAUAAAGGUUGACCUAAAAUGUGCAAA